AUGUACGGUCAUAAGCGUCCUCCUAAGCAGAGGGCUGCUGAUCAGAGGAGCUUGGCAGAAAUGUUUCAGCCAGCGAAGAGAGUAUCCCAGGAGUGUAGAGAUGCGGCCACUAGUACAAGUGUUAACUGUAUCUCGGACGACAGUCAAAGUGGGGUUGCUGCUGGUGAGGACGAUGACAGUGUGCAGACAGUAAGUGACGGAGUUGGUAAUAUGAAGUCUGGAGGUGGUAGUCAGGACGUGGUUGCGACAACUGCAGAGGUUGUUAGUGAUAGUGACCAUGGAUCAUUCUUGGAGGCUGUAGCUACAGCCAUGGAAGGAAAGCACUCAGUGAUGAGGACAAGGAAGUAUGUUGAUAAGCGCAGGAAGAGUGGCUACUCAGAGAGAUUUGUCCAGAAAAAGUGGUUUGACCAAUUUGAUUGGCUAGGAUACUAUGGCAAACGCAAGGAAGAAGGCCUCUUUUGUUUGCCCUGCGUAUUAUUUCCUACCGUUUAUCGAGAGGGAUCAUGCCGUGGUGAUAAUUUUGUUGUCCGUCUUCACAGGGAUUGGAAGAAUCUUAUUGCUGAUGCUGCUGAGCAUGAAUCUACCCAGUACCACAGAAAUGCUGCUGCCAAGUUGCUGGCAUUUCUUAGUACUGACAAGCACCCUUCUGAGAGGAUAUACCUGAUGCAGUCUCAAGCAGCUACAGAAAGGGUAUCUGCCAAUCGUUGUAUACUGUUGUCUGUUCUGAGGUGUUUAGAACUAGCUGCACGUGAAGGUGUAGCGCUGCGCGGUCACCGUGAUGACCUUACAUAUGAUCAAUCACCUCAAGGUAACUUCAUGGCGUUUGUGAAGUUUGCUAUCGAUUCUGGCGAUAUUGUCCUGAAGGAGCACCUUGAGCGUUGUUCUCGUAAUGCCACCUACAUGUCGAAAACUACCCAGAAUGACCUCAUGAAAUUGAUGGCAGAUGACAUAAUUCAGCAAAUAGUGGAUAAUGUAAAAAGUAGUCCCUUUUUUGCUGUGCUGGCAGAUGAAGUAAGAGAUGUAAGUGGGUGGGAGCAGUUGGCAGUGUCUCUUAGAUACAUGAAGGACAACAAGGCAGAAGAGAAGUUGAUUAAGUUCAUUGCUUGCAGCUCUGGGACAGGUAGUAGCAUCUGUGCUGAGAUACGGAAUGCCUUGAAGAAGCUUGGUCUUGAUGAAACACGUUGUCGAGCCCAGGCCUAUGAUGGUGUUGGUGCUAUGUCUGGCCACCUUAAUUAA